AACGCAACGAAAAUGAAAACCCACAAAUCGUGUAAUGAAACAGCGUCUUUUUGGAGUUCGAUACUAUGGAAAGGAACUACGUGCACACGCAAUUGCUCAAACAACGUGUUUAAGUACCAUAUUUUUAUUUUACUCCUCUUCGUCAUUACCGGUGCGCGCGCAAAUUGUAAGUUCCCGAAAUAUCUCGAGACGAACGCGAUUUGGAUGACGCACAACGAGAACGGGAAAUUGAACAAAGGCUACUUCCAGGGAAGCUUUAUGCGAGCGUCGCGUUGCGAUGGCGGAAACUGUUACGAGUACCAGCGGAAGUGCCUUUCUAAACGAGAAGAUAAUAAGUUUGAGGUUCAACACACGAACAUGCAGCCGAACAAUCAAGCGCCCAUGUAUUUAUGUAUGCAGAUUCUGCGAAGAAGUGACAGUGUUAUUCAAAUCCGUGAAUCCUCGGAACUUUAUUAUAGAAGUCCAAACGCAUGCAAUGAUGUGCAUUUAAUACUUGAUAAUUGGCCAAUGGUGACUUCGGAAAAAUUUGAUCAACAGAAGAUCCCAUGUCCGUUCGUGGGGGGUUACAAUAUCCGUUUCCACUCAUCAAACAACGUUCCAAAGUGUGCGAAAGAAAUCAUACCUCCGCGCUUGGAGAGUGAGUGUGAGUCGGGGGAUGGGAUGACGAUAAACUUCCAAUCCGAGGCAUGUCAGGAUACGGCCCUUAAAAUGGAGAAGGUUCAAGACCUUUACUGCACCGCUAACUGGACCAACAAUAACUUCACCUUUAUUAUCCUGCGACCCCAGAAUGGCGAGUUCAAGGCCUGGUGUAUGCGCGUUAGGGGAACGGACAUGCAGCAGAGGGUAGAGCGCGGCGAUAUCUUUAUGCAAUUCGUUUGCGAUCCCGGUGACGGAAGCGGCGCCAUUCGAGAAACAACGAGCUUCCUGUCGAUUGAAUUUGAGCAGCGCAUUAUAAGCUCAACAUGCUCCGAUUCGUACGGGUUUUGCGACGAUUCUCGCCUGUGCCCGCAAAAGGUAUACGAUAUUCAUUGUCGGAAGUUUUGCAACUUCUGUACCGGCGACCCCAGCCCUUGUGUGUUUCCGGCGCAGCUGCAGGGGAACUGGGUGGAAAAGUAUAAGCAAACCGAGUCUGGAUUCACGGGUGGGGAUGGUGGUUCCUCGGAUAAGAAAAGAAAAGGGAAGGAGGAACAGAGCGUGGACGUGUCCUUCUACAGUCUUCACUUCAAAGACGGCGGGAACUUCCGGUGCCACGAAAAAGAGGAACACGAUUUCGCGAACGACACGCUGUUGUUGCAGACGUUCGACAACGGUUGCUUCCCACGCUACGCCUGCCUUGAAGUGUGGAAACGUGCGCCGUCCGUUCUGCAGUACCGCAUCGGAAACCGGGUCGGCUGGCCGAUCAAUAACUGGAAUACUUUGAGAGAUGACGUGUGCAGUACCGUCAUGUAUAGAGCAAAUGCCGAGGAUAAGGCCAUGUUUGGUAAGGAGGUCGAGGAAAAGCCGCUGAGGAACUUGGUGGAUUCACUUUAUCAUUUCCCAGUGGAUUGUGGACUUUCUGCAGUCCCAAUGUUCCGCGAGACAAAACUAUUGAUACAGGAAGAAGGCACCUGCGAUUAUUGCCUAAUCCACGAUCCGCUCUUACGGCCUAAACGCGUCACCAGGCAUCCGAUUAAUUGCACCGACCCGAAACUUACUACGGACAUAAGAGAGUACAAUUGUUUGGGCGUGUACCCGCACGACGAGAAAGCACACGCGGUGAUCACACGGACUCUACACUUGCAUCAGGAGUACUUAUGCUGGCUGUUUAUCAAAGAAAACGAUCGGGAAGAGAGAGAAGGGACAAUUUACGUAACCGACGCGUCGAUUUGUGGCAGUGCCGCAAUAGAAGGUCUUAAAACUGGCUCAAUUACGCCUAUCAAAACAUACUUCGUUUCUAAGCAGCCUCGUGGUUGUCCGUAUAUCCCCGAGACCGAGAACGAAGAGAUGGACAAUUCAAGGGUGUUGACCCAUAAGCCUAAGACAACAGAACGCUCGAGGAUUAACACGCCGUCGACGACAACACGCUUUAUGGGAAUCAUUUUACACGAGAGCUACGGCUGCAUGAUGGCAGGAGACCACGGAACAACGUUUGCCCAAGUUGGAUUUAACCCGCUUCUCAAUUUCAGUAACACUUAUCUUCAGCAGAUCACCCCAUCGUCACGAGACUAG